AUGCCUGUCGACGGCACCAAUGGAUGCCUCCGGGCCUUCACACAACUCAAGUCACAGUACUCGAAGAUGAAAAUCAUCCUAUCCGUUGGGGGAGGUGGCAAAGGAAGUGAGAACUUCGCUGCGGUGGCGCGGAGUCAGACCCGUCUGGAGACAUUUGUGCGAACCGCCAGGGAGCUGGUAAAUCAAUUCGGACUGGACGGAAUAGACAUCGACUGGGAACACCCCUCAAGUCCAACAGAAGGAGCAGACUAUAUCCGGCUACUCGCCCGCCUGCGCGACGUCCUGCCCUCACCGCGAUAUGUGCUGGCCACAUGUCUCCCCGCCGGCGAGUGGGCCCUCCGCAACAUCGACCUCUGCAAGGCGCAGAACUACGUCGACCUGAUCAACAUCAUGGCAUAUGACUUCUCCGGGCCCUGGACCAGCGAAACAGGCCACCAGUCGCAGCUGUAUAACCCGCGCGGCGACUCGUCGAGCUCGUGCCAGUCGGCCGUGUCCUACGUCAUCGCGCAGGGUGUCCACCCCAAGAAAAUCCUCCUCGGUGUCCCCGCGUACGGUCGCUCGUUCCUCGGCAGCAGCCAUGUCGGGCAGCGGUAUGCCGGCUGCGGCGGGGAGGACGGGGUCUUCGACUACUGCGACCUGCCGCGGCCGGGGGCACAGGAAUACCACGACGAGAAGGCCGGGGCGGCGUGGUGUGUGGGCGGUGACGGCGGCUUCGUCACGUACGACACGCCCGAGACGGUGACGCAGAAAGCCAAAUUCGUGACCAAGACGAAGCUGGGUGGGCUAUUCUAUUGGCAUAUCGGGGGGGAUGCACGGGGCCCGCGCAGUCUGAUCGAGACGGGGUUUAAGACUCUGCAUGAUAUCCGCAAUGAUGUGAAAUUAGCCCGAGUCGCGCAAUGA